CUUACCAGCACACACCACCAACGAAACAUCCACAAACCUUUGUGUCCAACCUCCAACCAAACACCUCGGAUCGGGCUGCGUCUCCUCCACCAGACACCACAAGUCAAGAGACCACCAGGCCUCGGGACCUGCACUACGAUACAAACACCACACAACCGUUAUAAUGGGCUCCACAAGACCACCAAAGAAGUCCUUCAGCAGCUCCUCCUCCUGCUCUUCCUCAGACUCAGACUUCUCUUCCAGCUCUGUACGCGUCAGUAUGGACCGCCCUGUUGUCAGCAUCGAGAUCAUCCGGUGUAUGAGGUGUGCCCGUGAGGUGGAGAUGACCUCGACCGACUCCCCUAGCAUGUAUGGCAUGAUCCCCGUCGGCACUGGCAUCUUCUACUGUGACAAGUGUGCGAGAGCGACCGGCUACCGAUGAAUGAAGACAUGGAGGAAGGGGAUCUGGGCAACACGGCAACGACAAUGCAUGCACCAGCUGUCCCAAUUGCUCCUCGACCACGAAGCAAAGCCACCACGGGACCUCAAUUAACUCGCACCCUCUCUCUCACAGAGACAGACACACACAUACGCACAUACCCAUGGCAACCCAUCAGCUCUACCAGUUGCACACUCCCAGUCUUGUGGGCUGAUUGCUCUGUCGCCGACUCAACAACAGCCGCGAAGGAGCUCGCCCUUCACUUCGGAUAGGGUGAUGAGAGGAUUGAACAAAUAAGACGAGAU